CAUGGUGCUGAGCCGCGGCGGGAUGGCAACGGUCCUCCUGCUGCUACCACGGCGGCUGGCGUCCACCGGGGCGGCGGCAGCGAGCGGGCAGCCCCCCGAUAGCGUGGUGCGCAUCCCCUGGGCCCUGCGGAUGCGCCUGCAGCGGGGCGCGCAGCGCCGUCGACGCGGGAAAGGGGAGGCGGCGAAAACCGUGCGACCCGGGAAGCUGCUGCUGCGGAGCCGGCGGCCGGAGCUGAGCCAACCUUCCUGGCAGACGGUGGGGCGCUGGGAGCGGCCGCAACUGGUGUCGGCGGGCUGGAAGCACAGGAAGGCCCGCGGGGACUACUUCCAGCUGGAGCCCUCGCAGGAGGCGGCUCCCGCCAUUCAGGCGCAGCAGCCUGACUCGGGGCACGGCCCGUCUUUCGCCGAGAUGGGGCUGCAGCCGGCGCUGCUGUCCGGCCUGGAGCGCCUCUCCGUCGGCCGCCCCACGGCGGUGCAGCGCCUCGCCAUCCCCGCGCUGCGCCGCGGCCGCAGCGCUCUCUGCGCCGCCGAGACCGGCAGUGGCAAGACGCUGGCCUACCUGCUGCCGCUGCUGGACGGGCUGCUCUCCCGCCCCGAGGAGCCGGCCGAGGGGGCGGCGGCGGUGGGGCCGGCAUCGCCCCGCGGGCUGGUGGUGCUGCCGUCGCGGGAGCUGACAGCGCAGGUGGGCGCGGUGGCGGCGGCGCUGUGCCGGCCGGCGGGGCUGCCGGUGUGCCGGCUUACGGGCGGCAGCGCGGCGGGCGGGCUGCGGAGGCAGCUGCGGGCGCCGCCGCCGGGUCCCGCCGUACUGCUGGGCACCCCCGGGGCGUUGCGGGAAGCGCUGCGGCGGCGCUUCCUGGCCCUGGAGCGUCUGCGCUGGAUGGUGCUGGACGAGGCGGACGCCCUGAUGGACGAAACCUUCGCCCAGUCGCUGGAGGAGAUCCUGGCACACGCGCCUCUGGCCGCCGGUGCUCCCGAGCCGGCCGGCCCCGGGGAGGCGAGGACGCAGGUGGUGGUGGUCGGAGCCACCUUCCCCGCGGGUUUGAGCCAGACCCUAGAGAAAUUCACUGAUGUAGGCCGGUUCGUCACCCUCGGCACCCGGAGCCUGCAUCGCCUGCCUCCCCACAUCCCGCAGAAGUUUAUGCGCCUCAAGGGCCAGGACAAGCUGCCUGAACUGCUGCAGCUACUCAAGGAGCACCCAGCAUCCGGCGGGGCUGUUCUCAUCUUCUGCAACAGUGCCAGCACUGUCAACUGGCUGGGCUAUAUCCUGGAUGACCACAAAAUCAAGCACCUGAGGUUGCAGGGGCAGAUGUCAGCAGAUGCUAGAGCUGGCAUCUUUGCCUCCUUCCAGAAGGGUGAUGUGUCAGUCCUUGUCUGCACUGACCUCGCAUCAAGGGGGCUGGACACCAGUAGUGUGCAGCUGGUAGUCAACUAUGACUUCCCUGACACCCUGCAGGACUACCUGCACCGUGUGGGGAGAGUUGGACGGGUUGGCAGCAGGGCACCUGGAGCUGUGGUUAGUUUUGUCACCCAUCGGUGGGAUGUGGAUCUGGUACGGAAAAUAGAGACUGCAGCCCGAAAAAGGACAGGUCUCCCAGGCAUGGACUCCUCUAUUAAUGAGCCUCCACCUAGAGGAGCUUGAUUCAAGUUGCCAGGUAGUAACAAAUCAUCUGGUUGGGAAUAAUGUUGAAGUCAUUAAGGCAAUGAAUUUGUGUGUGUCAGCUGGGCUGAAAGACAAUUACAUUUCAGAACCAGCUGAUCAGGUUAACUUUGUGGAUUGUUUUAGAAGCUACAAUAAUAAUUUCCACAGGCAUCAUAACUCAUGGCUUUCCAAAAGGAAGCUAAGAAAUGAGUAAUAAAAUGCCUUUAGUGAAGGCUGAAGAAUGAUCUCAGCUACUUUUGUUUGUGUUGAGGCUUUUAACUUGAAUUCAAGCUAUGUUGAAAGUAUGCCUGUGUGAUGUGCAGCUCUUGCAUUUCACACUUCCCACCAGAUAAACAUUCAUUAUUUAAACUUAGAAAAAAAAAUCCUAUCAUUGUUACCUCUUUCACCAAUUAUCUGUAGAAAGACUAAGAGACAAAUUAUAUUUGGUGUUCUUGUGAUACAGCAGCUCUUUCAGAGAAUUCUAGACCUCUAAAGUUUGGUGGAAAGGAGAAGACAAAACUUGAGGCUUUUUCAAGGCCUUAAUUUGCCAUUUUAUUGCUAUCUUUCAUUGAGAAAGGAGAUCUUGCUGCUUCAUGUUCUAUAAAAUAGUAAUAAUAAUAAACCCUCUGAGUGUUUUAUGCUCAUUUUCUCUGCAUGCUGUAGCAACAUGUUCAGUCUCUGAGCUGAUUGUAAAAAUAAUUAAAAAAAAAAAAUAUUAAAAAAUCCCAAACCAAACAAAAACCUUUUGGCACUUUAGAUCUACCCAAAGCUUUUUAUUGUAUAUACCCAGAGAAUAUUAUAUUUACCAACAAAGCUUUUUGGAAGAAUUUCUUUUAAAGCAAAACUACAGUUCUUUUAAGCAUAUAUUGAGAAAUACAAGAUUCUUACUGUAAUUAUAUUCAGGAUCACACAGACAUUAAAACCCUGGGAUACAUAAGGUGAUAUAGAGACAUCCACAAAUGCAGACAUCCACGUGACCAAUGUGUCAUGGGAAGGGUUUUAGUAUCCAACAGGUAAAUACUGUAGGUAAAUAAAUACUGUAGGUAAAUAAAUAUUGUAAAGACUUUAAAGGAAUUUAGAGACUUUAUCACAGCUAAUGACCUACAAGUAUUUAUAGCUUGCACAUGGUCAAAUUUGUUUAAGAAACCCAUUCAAAGACUUUUUAGUUUGACUGUUCCUAAACUGCUUUUCAGUGCUCUUUAAAUAUCACAUUGCUCAUUAUUCACAUCGUGGUGACUAUCUACACACAUCAUUAACUUCUUGUCUGUCAAUAUACUACCUUCUGUGUAAUUUAUUUUAGACUUUAAGGGUGUAACUACGACUGCAUGUGAGUUCUGCCCUAUAGGCUCCACAAGGACAUUCAGGUACUUCUGUAGCACAUAGCCCAGUGUCUAGCAGAGUACCCUAGGACAAGCUGUGUCAAGUAUCCUAACAGCCAGGUGGAAAAAUGUUUUAUCACUCCAGUAUUCUGACGGAGUCUAUGUUUUUGCAGAGUGCACUGUGCCCUGAAAUGUACUUCUAUACCUCAUGUCCUCAGACAAAGCUCUUUCCCUGCCUCUUCCUGAAAUGUAUUUGUGAGUGCAAUUUACGUGCUGGUGGUUGAGAAGUUCUCCAUAGAUGUUCUGACUAUUUUCUUUGUGGGAUCUGGCCGCAGGAAGAACUUGCAGUAAAAGUCUUGCCUGCUGGCCUUGUGGAAAUUUCCUGAGAGGAAAGCAUAAGUGAUGCAGUUGAUGCAAGAGUUUCUGUAGGCUAGGCAGUGAGAAAUGAUGUGGAAGGUGAAGGAGAUAUUGUUUAGAGGAAACUGCCCAAAGCCUGGCCACAUGUUGAUGAUGUUGUGUGGCAGCCAUGAGAGCAGGAACACAGUGACCAUGAGGAGUGCUGUCUGGAAAAGGCAAGAUCACAUAUGACAUGGUUGCAGUGAUCGAGUCUGUGGUAUGAGUGAGAACGCCUUCCUCUGUCAGUCAUGAAGGCAGCAGAGCACAGGCAACACAGGCAACUGCCAGGUGGGCACAUUAUGAUAAUAUGAAAAAACCCCAGCAAAACAAUCAACCCACCUCCCUGGGGAAAAAAAAAAAAAGAUUGCCUGGUUUUGGCUCAAGCAAAUAAUUCUAUAGGUAAUGGAGACAGUGCCCAUGAAACUCCAACAAUACAAAGCAUGCAACAGUAGUACUAUAUAAUAUGGAAGAGUGGCAGUAAUAUUCCUUAAGGUUUGGAGGCUGAGGAAUGUUAAAGCAAUCAAAAACAGUUGCUGAGGUAAACAGUCUGGCUACAAGGAAAUGUGUAGUGUAACACAGGCUGAUCUGAGGAGAAAGAUAUUUCUAGUAGCUUCCAUCUUAUUGGAGAAUCAGUAAAAAAAGAAACCAAGGGAAACGGCUCAUAGUGGAUUAUUCAUUUUAAAAUAUUUAUUGCUCUUUGGUUAUAUUCCUCGCUCAAUGAUGACCUGAGGGAGACUCACUAUGCCUGUGCCGUGCUCUCCAGUCAGGCAGCUCAGCCACUGCCACAAGCUCUACUUCAUAAGUUCCAAAGCUUCACCUGAGGUAAAAUUUUCCUGAAAAUGGUGUGCUUCAAAGUCACCAUCCAAAAUGAAGUUUACCUUGAGGUAAGCUGCUGACUGCAGCUGUGGUAGCCCCACAGCUGUGACUGGGGAAGAGGAUAAAAGGGUGGAGGCAGCAACUUGAAAGGGCUGAGGAAAAUGGUGGAGCACUGUGAGGGGGUUGCUGGGUGGAGGAGAAGGUGCUGCCAGGAGGGGAAGGGUGGAGGGAGAGGCAACCUUGAAAGGUAGGUAGGAAGUAAGUAAGUAAGUUUAAGGUACUUGAAAUUUUGGAGUGAAAUUUAGCAGGCUGCUUCUGGAGAUUCUUUUCCUUUUGUUAAGGAGAAAUGGUGGGUUGAGGAGUUAGGCUUAGGCUUUGAGGAACUUGGAGGAAUGGGAAGAUGGUAGGGGCUGUGUUUUGGGGCUGUGAGUCCAGGCUGUUGGCUGUGCCUGAGGCAGGGAGCCUCAUUGAUGUCAGCCUAGUGCCUUACACUAUAAAUAUUGCUAUGGAGUUAAUGUCUGGGGGACCUGUGGGAUGCAUACCAAGAAAUAGCUCAGUCUUCAUUGCAGAUGUAUUUCCCCUAUUGAACAAAACUUUCUCAGCCUGGUAUGGUUAAGGGUGUGAGUUACAACAAAAACAGACUUGUAAAUAUUUUUAAAAUUUAUUUUAUUUUUGUGGAAGCCUUUGAAGAUGUUGAAGAAUGAAUUUUAUUUACUGUAAACUACAGUAAAUAAAAUUAAACUGUAAGUCAAUUCAACUUCCUUUCUGUAAGAAAGAAGCCCUGAUUCCUGUGGAAGUAGGACCUCAAUUUUCAAGUUUAACAAGGCUGAGGGUGUUGCUUUUCCUUUCUACCACUAGCCCACUCAGGGAAUACCUAGCAAAGCUCAGAAUUUACUGACCUAGGGCCUCAGAGAGAUUUAAUGCCUCUUUUUUGGAUGACUGCAGUAGAUACACAGCAGGUGACCACUGUUUCCAGCAAAACAUGCUUUUCAACUUAUUUAGUGUUUCUCAUUUGUAUUUUGUCACCUUAAUAAAUACAGCAAUUUGCAAAUAUGUAUAUUGUGUCCUUAGAAGAACUGUUGUACAAGUAGCAGAAAAGCAAUGGAGAAAAAUGAAAAUUUAGGCUUCAUUUCAGCUUAAGGUUUACAGCCUUACUAGUAUAGGUUGGUGCUUCUGUCUAAUUCCCUUGCAUGAUUUUGUGUGAGUGGUGUGUAAUUACUUUCCUACAAGAAGGAUACUUUUCUAGUGAACAAAACUUCAUUUAUGCUCUGGUUAUAGUGGUGACAUCCAGCAGCUGUUUUGUCUGAGAGAGAAGACCUGCAGGAUUUUGUGUUUUAUUUUAAAGCACUGUAUCACUGUACCUGGUAUGCUAAAAUGAAUAAAUGGAAGUUAUAAAGG